AUGGGAAACUGGACAGUGUCUUUCUUUUCGCUGGUCAUAUUUGUGGCAAUCACCCGCAUAAAAGCUGACUACUUUGUUCAGACACCUGAAUGUUCUGAGGACCUGAAACUUAUCGAAAAAUAUAUGAAGACCAACAACAUAGAACGUAUCGUGUCACAGUCCAAAGAAUCUCCUGAUAACAAUUAUUACCAACAGAAUUGUGACAAUGCUCUGACGCUGAUUGGCAAAAAUGAUUACCAAUUUGAUGUGGCACUAUUAUAUAUAAAUAUGCGGCCACCGACGUCUGAAGGAAUCUGUACAGAUUAUUUGAAAUUAUACGAUGCACCAAGAGUUGAUAAUGCCAUGCUUUUGACACCCCUGGAAGGUCUGUGUGGUUCUUCUCUGCCUGUAGAGAGAGUAUACAAAACAUCCAAAAAUUAUAUCACAAUUCAGUUCAAGACAGGAGAUUCUACAUACAAUUCAAGAUAUGAAGGUUUUGAAAUACGGGUCACUCAAAAUCCGUGGUCAAAUCCAGGAAAUGCCAAGGUUGUUGGUUUCAAUCCAGGAGGAUGGAAUGAUGGUUUAAGUUCAUCUUUCCAAUGGACAUGGAAUCUUCAAGUCCGAGUUCCUGGUGCCCUUCGACGACCGGGCCAAAAUCUAGAGAAAAGUCCAACUGGCACUGAUUGUGUUGAGUGUUAUGGCUGUUCAGUUCAUGAAUUUGACUUGGACAGAGAUGCUUACGCCAUUACCAGAGGCUGCUUCAUGUGUGCUAAAAUUUGGAAUGCAGAUUACUCAUCUGGUCAAAGGUCAUGCUAUUCUGAACGUGGAUAUAUGAGUUUAUUAAAAAGUUUUGCAGAUCCAAGGAUUGAUUUAUCAACUCGUGAUGGACUUUUUAAUCAAAUCGGAUGCCACCAAUAUUACGAUCAUGAUUUUUUUUUUCUGUCAUUUCUGACCAUUUGUCACUUUUCACCAUAUUCCUUACCUCCCUCCUCGCUCUCCUUGCCUCCUUCUCCUUAUCUCCCUCCUCACUCUCCUUACCUCCAUCCUCACUCUCCUUCCCUCCUUCUCCUUACCUCACUCUCCUCAUCUUCAUCCUUGCUCUCCUUACCUCCAUCCUCACUCUCCUUGCCUCCUUCUCCUUAUCUCCCUCCUCGCUCUCCUUAUCUCCCUCCUCGCUCUCCUUACCUCCAUCUCCUUACCUCACUCUCCUCAUCUUCAUCCUUGCUCUCCUUACCUCCAUCCUCGCCCUCCUUGCCUCCUUCUCCUAACCUCCCUCCUCCUCAUCUCCCUUCUUGCUCUCAUCUCAGCUUGUUAAUGUCUAUUUUUCUAUCUCAGUCAGUCAAUAUCAGUCGGUUUCAGCUUCUCUCGAUCUCCUCCCAUCUCUAUGUUGUUUAUGUGCAGUUUUCAUUUUAA